AUGGCAUGCACAUUGAAGAAUAGCGCUGCAUCAGAAGUAUUUGCAAAGUUAUAUCUCAACGAGGAUUUGGCCGACGUUCGGUUCGUGUUCAAAGUCGACGAUGAAGUGGAAAAGGUUCCGGCCAGCAAAAACGUUUUGGCUGCAUUAAGUCCAGUUUUCUACCGUAUGUUUUUUGGUUCAUUGAAGGAAGGGGACAAGGUGGAAAUCGUUGAUUCGAGCGCCGGUGCAUUCAAGGAGUUUCUUCAGUUCUUUUAUCUUAGUGAGGUGACGCUAACCAUGAAGAACAUCGAGACCGUUGUUCGUUUGGCCGAUAAAUAUGAUGUUCUGGAGUAUUUCAAAGCUUCUACCGUAUUUAUUAGAAGCCAAUUGACUCCAGAUAACAUGUGUUGGGGAUAUCAGCUUGCUACAUCCCUCGAAAAUACAGAAUUAAUCGACUUCUGUGAGGAAAAAAUCGCCAGUUCACCAAGAGAAAUUUUCGGAUCCGAUGUAUUUAAACGAUGUGACAUAAGCAUUCUAGAGCGUAUCCUGGAGAUGAAUUUGUCGUGCGAGGAAACAGACGUAUUUGAUGCGUGUUUGUCAUGGGCGAGACAUGCUUGCAAAGAAGAUGGUUUGGACGAAACGCAAGCAGAAAACUUGAAAACUCAGCUUGGUGAUUGUUUUAAGCUGAUUCGUUUUCCCGAAAUGAAUUUGGAAGGAUUCAGUAAUCGAUACUUAUCAUUCAAAGGACUAUUCACUUUGGAAGAGUAUGAAGAUAUCACGCUUUCAUUAAUGAGAAAAGAAUAUGUGCCUAAAAUAUUCAAACGUAUCCCUCGACUAAUUCCUGCAUGGAAAUCUGAAAUUUUAUUAUGUUCUCGAAAAACCCAAGGCUCUAGGAUAUCUGCAAAGGAUAUUCACACCGUAGAAGUACUUUCGUUUUCAUCGAAUCAUCGUCUUCUACUGAAAGGAUUCUACACUGCACUUACCUAUAGUAAGUUGUCAAGCUUAUUCGAUACUGAGGUGAAAGUAAUUGUUACUGAACGCGAGGAUAUUUCAUUUCUUUCAAACAUAGUCGUUAUUCAUGAAGGUACUUCGAACAAUUGGGACUAUUCUGUAGGCUGUGGCAGCUACCUACGAGUGAACUUAACAUCACCAAUAAUGAUCAAACCUCAACAUUUGUAUGAAAUUCGCUUGAAUUUCGAAUCAAACAAUGGAUGCUACUACUAUUCAGACUGUAAGCCGAUGGUAGAAAUGGGAGAUGGAAUUAAAAUUCAGUUUCAUCGAAACCCAAAUCUUAGCUACAACAACCUUAUCCGUGGCUGGAUUGAGGGGCUAAAGUUUAAUAAAAUGUAA